AUGAUUUAAUCAGAAAUUUAUGAUAUUGAAGCCUAUAUGCAGAUUGGACAAGAUGGGUAUUAAUUCUUGAAAAAAAUUGCCCCUUUGACUCAAGAAAAUCAAUGGUAACCAUUCUCAGAGGAAGGUGGAUUUAAGAUUCACAUACGUCCAGACCCAGAAACUGGUUUGUGUUUGACACGAGGAGAAGGCUUUUUACCAUAUACCGUUGAUGAAAUAUUUGCCAUCAUCGAAGACAUACCGAUAAGACCCAAGUAUGACGGAAUCUGCGAAUCUGGUCAAAUUAUUAGGAGAUUCUCUGAUGAAUUAAUGCUAUUCUACUAAAAGUUCAAAUCCAUGUUUUUUGUCAUCAGCUCAAGAGACUUUGUUGUUAUAUCAAGAAAAAUUGUUGAAGGUGAUUUCACAUAUGCUAUUGGGAAAUCCUUGGAACAUCCUAAUCAUCCACCUAUUAAAGGUGUUGUUAGAGGAGAUCUGAAAAUUGGGGGAUGGAUUCUUGAAAAAAGAGAAGGAGGUACAUUUUGUAUUUUUGUUACAUGGGCUGAUCCUAAAGGAAUGUUACCAAAGAAGGCAGUGAAUAUUGUUGCUGGGGCUCAAGGAAAAGUUGUAUAACAAAUUAAAUUACUAUUGGAUGAAAGAAAGAAAAAUGUAAAUAAAUGA